UUUAUCUCUAAUAUAUUUGAUGUUAUUAAAUUUUGAUGAACAUGUCUUUAUCAUACAACCGAACUGUUUUGAUUACAGUGAUAUCGAUGAUUUGGGCGGAAAAUUAUCCGAAUAUUGGUUCUCAAUUGAUCAGUCAUUAUCGAAUAAAGACAGUUCCAAUCAUAUUUCAGAUUCCGAUCAUCUAUCAACUAACAUUGGCUCAAAAAUGGGAACAGCUAUAGGAUUUCAAGUUCGUAGUCGUCGGUCAGCCACAAGUGGUCUUAUGAGAACUGGUCAAAGUGUUUGUGAAACAGCUACUUCUAGUUCAGAUAAUCGAUUUGCAGGAAAUUUCCAACCUACAGAUCAUUUGAAAUUGGAGCGAAUCAACUCAGAUACCAGUUUAAUAAAACGUGGAAAUAAAUCAAAGGAUAUAGAAGAGACUGAUGAAAAAUCAAUUAAUGAUAUUACUACAAAUUUGAAUCUUAGUGGGAAACAGUUUGAAAAUGGAAAGCUUUCAUCUACUUAUUUAGAAUGUCAACUUAUGUUAUGUAAUCGUGAAAAAUAUCAAGAUUAUAUUCGUAUUCUAGAAGGUUUACUUUCUUCUGGUAUAAAUAAAAAUGUUAAUAAAACAAAAUCAUUAUUUAAAAAUUAUAUAACAAACUAUUAUUGUUUAAGACAAAUACAAAUUGAAGAGCUAUCUGAUAAUGAUCGACAAAAAACUUCAUUAGAAUCUAUUGGAAUAAUUCGAAAUUUAUUCGUUGGUCUACAUGUUAUAGCACCUUGUGAUUGGCGUGCAUCAAAAGUGUAUUCAUCAUCUUAUGAAAAUGAAAAUAUUAUAUAUUUAGAUACAAUUGAAUCAGCACGUUCAAUUGGUGAUUAUUGGAUUCGUUUAGAAAGAUUAUUGCCAUCUUCAUCAUUGUCACCGAUGCCAUCGUCUUCACCGACAUUAAAUUCUAUCCAAUCAUCAUCUAUUAAACAAUCCAAUGAAUUAUCAACACCCAAUAGUUCACUAUUAAAUGAUGAAAUAUUUAUUUAUUUCGAUCCUGGAAUGAUUAGCUUAAAAUUGGAACAUCAUAGACGACGUAUAGGUUAUCAUCAUCAAUCAAAUACACAUUUUCACGAGAAUUCAGACUCCACUGGAAGUAAUAAACUAGAUUUAUUUAACAAAUCCAACGAUACAGAUUCAGUACGCAGUGCCUUACAACGGUAUGCUCAAGAAACAGAAUUAUUUGUAAUGCGUCAACGUCAAAAAGAUCGAAUCAAAUUAAUCACAUUGUUCCCAGAAGUUCGAAUAAAUCAACUUAAACUAAAAAUGUCCUACUCACCACAUGAAAAUAAUAAUGUAAUAACUAGCAAUUUGAAAGAUUCACCAUUUUCACCAUUUCCUGAACGUACAAUUGAAUUAUGUAAUCGACGAUAUUUAGCUACAUGUCUAUGUUUACAUUCAAAAAUUCAAGCUAAUUUGGAAAUUUCAGGGAAUUCAUCAUCUUCCCACUUAGAGAAUCCAGAACCAUAUUUUGUUACUAUUUUUCUUGUGGAUGUCAAUGAUGGACGUCGUGUUAGUGAAGAUUUCUAUUGGAAUCCUAAUUCAUCAAUUAUUGAUUCUAUGUUACCAAUAGAUCAAUUCAAAAGUUUACCAUGGUAUUCAUCUAAUAAUCAAUAUUCUGAAACAACUAAUGAUAUUCAUCAUCAUCAUCAUCAUCAUUCAAUAUCUAAUCAACCAAAUAUUAUUUCAUCACCUAAUCGAAUAACACGUAGACAUGCACCACCACCACCACCACCACCAAAUAAUAAUCUUAUGUCUCCAUAUGGAACACAAAGUUCUAUUUCAUUAGAUUGUUUGUAUAAGUGUCGUACAGCAUUAUUUUCAAUUCCAUCAUGUUGUCAUGUCAAUAAUUUGUAUAUAGUUGUACGAGUGGAUAAAGUUCUUAGUGGACCAAUCAAUACAGUAAUAGAUAAAUACUUGAAAAAUACUAAUAAUACUAAUGAUAAUAUUAAAACUGGUUCAAGUAUACAAAAAUCAAUGGUGAAUUAUUGUCGUAAUAUUGGUCGUUAUCGUAUGCCAUUUGCAUGGGGUGCAAGACCUGUAAACAGUACAAAUCGUUUUAUUCAUCUAUUCAAAAUGGAUUCUAAUAAGAUCUCUGAACAAGGAUUAAUUCAAUCUGUACAAAUGUUAUCCCAUUUAUCAAUUGAUUAUAAUACAUAUCAUGAUCGGUAUACAGAUGUAACAAGCAUUAUGACUACUACUAAUAAUGAUAAUAGUAGUAUAGAUGAAAGUAAUCAUUAUCAUAUACCAGAAUCUAUAAAUCAUAUGUUAAAAAUAGACUCAAAUAAAUCAAAAUCAUCAAAAUUGAUUAAUAAUAAUAGUUCUGUACUAAAAGAUGUUACAAAUUAUUUAACCGAACAAGAUCGACUCUUUAUUGAAACAAUUGAACGUUCUCUUAAAACUCAAAUGUUACCUAUACGAUUUGAAUUCGUGAUGAGUGAACUAAUUGAUCAUACUAUUGAUCCUAAUGCAAAACCUUUAUCACGAGUUGUUGCUUCAAAUCUGGAAAUAUACACACCGAAUGUGACAGCUAAUAAUUCUCAUAAUUUCUAUAUACCAUCAACACAUCCACCGCUUAUGUCAGAUGAAAUUAUACGUGAAGUUGAAAAUCUAUUUGAUUUUUAUUCAACUCUAUCAGGAACAUCGUAUAAUGAUGAUUAUGGAAUUAAUAAUCCAGAUGAUUCUAAUACUCCUUCUCGUACUGGAAGUCUUCAAAGAGGUAGUUAUCGAAUGAAUUCACUUAAUAACAAAAAUAAUAAUAAUAAUAAUAGAGAUUCUAUUCUAUCAAAUAAUAGUGUAAAUAGUACAACUAGUUCACUUAUUAUUACAAAUGAUUUACCAAAAUUAUUAAAUAACACACUUCAAAAUCAAUCAAAUUCACUUGAACAAUCUGUUAUUCAAUUUGAACAUGGAACAAGUACACAUUGUUCAACUAUUAAAUUAUUACCAUUUACUUCAUUUUUUAAUACAUUAUAUGUAUGUCCAAAAUCAUUGAAUAUGUCAGGGAAACAUAAUUUUCCAAGGGCUCGGAAUUUAUCAUGUUUCAUUGAAUUACGAAGUAAUGAUAAUUUGGAUAAUUCCACUGCGUUAAAGGUGUUUUACACUCGUCCAAGUAUUCGUCAACCAAUAUUUGAUUCAUGGUUUAAUACUGCUGUAAUAUAUCAUGAUAAUUAUCCGAAUUUCAGUGAACAAGCUAAAAUCUGUUUACCAUUAAAUCUAACUUCAAAACAUCAUUUACUAUUUCGUUUUUAUCAUGUAAGCUGUGAGACGGCUUCAACAAAUUUAUUAACUUCCAAAGAGAAAUCUAAUAGUAAUAAUAAUAAUAAUAAUAAUAGUAAUAAUAAAAAACCUGUUGAAUCAAGUACAGGCUAUUCAUGGAUUCCAAUACUUGGAACAGAUGGAAAUUUAAAUGUUGGCACGUUUCAACUUCGUAUUGCAUCAACUAUUCAUCCGGGUUAUUUACAACAAUCAACUAUACAAAACUUUCGUCAUUCAAAUCUAAAUGACACUAAUGGUGGAAUUAGCUUGCCAUUCAAUAUCGGCAAUACAAACUCUACGAAUAGUAAUAAUAAUAAUAGUGGUAAUUCCAAUGAUUUCACUUGGAUCGAUAAUGGGAAAUAUUUAUUUAAAGUUGAUCUGAAACCUUUAUCAUCUAUAUAUACACAUGAUCCAAUAUUGUCAAAAUUCUUUCGUGUUUGUAGUGAUCUACUACCACGAAUGUUGUACUUAUCAUCUACGAAAACAAAUAAUGCAGAUAAACAGAAGGUAUUUUAA